AUGGGUCCAACUCGCUCCUUGCCAGAGAAGCAGGAUGACCACUGGCAAGAGUCUGACACGGCUUUAGCAGCCCACAGAAAUUCUACCUCUGUCCCCCCUCUCCACCCUGAUAUAUGCUCCAUUGUUCAGCUCACUGUUGUGCAUGCCCACAAGGUCUACUUCAGUGGCCCACUAGUAAAGCACAUACAGUGCCAACUGGAUGGCCAAUGUCCCAAAGAUGAUGAAUGGGUUGAUGUCUGGGCACAGCUCAGUGGCACAACAUUGAGCAUAUGGGACAUGAAGGAGAUCGAGGAAGCAAACAAGAAGGGCCUUGAGGUGCCUCCUACAUAUGUCAAUAUUACAGAUGCUUUUGUUCAUGUACUAGGUUCAGUCACUGACCCCGCAGAGAGUCCAGAGCAACUGCAGAAGACAUAUACAAACAUCCUCACUCUCAACACAGCAGGCUCUAAUUUACUUUUAUUCAGCUGUCUGUCAAUACCAGCAUUGGAGUCAUGGGCAACAGCUCUACAAUUAUCUGCUUGGGAAAAGUCUCAUCUUGAAGAAAUGUAUACUGCUCAAUUAGUAAUAUGCAUAAUGUUGCUUGAAGGUAAAGAUACCCACACAACCCUCAUCCGUGGCUGUAUGGAAGGGUGGGUGCUCAUUCAUGUUGCUGGACAAACAGACUGGAAAUGCAUGUGGAUGGUCAUCUCUGGGUCACAAACUUCAUCAACCAAUCCUGGAGCCUCAUCUACUACCACUGGCACUGCACCUACUCCCAAGAAACGCAUGCCAAAGAACAAGAAGCAUUCCCUUCUCACGCUUAGGGAGGUUUCACAGGCAUUUGCAGUGUACCCAGAGCGCCCGGAAUUGAUCAACCGCAGCAUGCUCAUGAAACUUGGGGGUUUGAUUGGUGAUGAAGAAAUGGUGGGCAUGAUGAAACAAAGGGAGGGGUGGUUGCUUGUCAUGCCUGAGCUUGAGGCAGGGAACACACAAGCUUCCAAGAUGCUCAAAUGGCUUGUUGCGCUUCAUGAUGCAUUUGAGCUAUAUGGCCAUCCAAAAGCAUAUGCCUGGGAUCCUUGCAAUCCAGUUUUGCUGACGUUUGCUUAUCCAGUCAAUCCUGGGAGAGAUCUCCUGUUCCUUGACCGUGAAGUUGCAGAGUCUAUGGACCCUCAUGACAACUGUACCUCUGCCAUUUGCAAUUGUCUCCUAAAUAUCCUCCACUCACACAUGCCCGAAUUGCAUGCAAUGUCUGCGCCACCCCCACUACCUCCCACGGGUCUAGGGGCUGAUCUGAAUCACCCACAGCAGCAACAGCCAUCACAAAAUGCUGCUCAGCCCCAACCACAAACACAAAAUGGUCAGCCUGCUUACAUCCCCCAGCUCCCCACAGUCAAUUUCAACUUGUGCUCGCCACCAGACCUCACUGUUGGUCACACACUCUCCCCCAUUACGGAAUGGAGUGCAACACAUGAAACAUUUCUGGAUUUCCCUCAUACACAGAGCCACUCAAUGUUGAAUGAGCACCAUGUGCCUGAGUCAAUGAUGAUCAGCAGCUCAAUGUCGAGCGAGAAGCCAGAUUCUGUAGGGCAAUCAAUGAGCAGCGGACAUCAGGACUUUAUGUCAUGUUCCAUAUCCAAGCAUAGCCAGUCGCAGAUGAUUUCUCCACUUACUUUGUUGAACCCGGUCCUAGAGAACAUACCUGGGUUGAUGACUGGUCUCCCAAUGACUGGAAGCCCUCCUCCCACCUCGUGUUCAGACUCAAGGCUUACACCAAGCAUGGAGACUGGACAAACGAGGAGCAUGGAGCUGUCAACAGUGGCGAGUGUGGAUGUUGGCAGGUUCAAACUUCCUCUUACACCUGAAUCUCCUGGGUCACCUACAUUUUCUACGAGUUCGACAAGUCCCAGUUCAGGAAAUGGUAGGCCUAUUUUGCCAGGCAUGUCGUUGUCGGCCCUUGUUGCACCAGUGCCCAUAAGAUCACCAGCUUCAAGAACUCCCCCUCCUGCCUUGCUCCUUUCAUGUCUUACAUCACCUUACUCUCCCAAAGGGAAGGAUAAAGAGUUACCUUCUAUUCAAGAUGUACAAGAUGUUUUACAGCUGCCGCCUCAAGCACCGCUCACCGCCCUCACCUCCCAAAGCCCAGUUACCAACCCCACCACGAGUGCCUGUUAUGUUGAUGCACUUGCCACAUUGUCUUUCCUUGAUAGUGCACCCGACGUCACACCCCCACCUGCAACUACAUCCCAGCUACCACCAAUAGAACAAGGCAUGUCAUCAGAGCCUACCGUCGAGGGUAGCACUGCCUCUGAGAGCUCAGAGGGAGUUAUACAGCUUUCUGGGUGGAACGAGAGCAGCAAUGAAGAAGAGGAGGAGGAUGAAGAGGAUGACAAGGAUGCUGAUUCUGACGAGGAACCCCCUUCAACGUUGGAGAGCAAGAAGCCAGGUCUUGUCAUGCCUGUACCAGUUCUGGCUGUCAGACCUCUGCAUCCCAGUAGUGCAGGGUGUGCUGUGACACCUGGAGAACAAGCAACAGACAUGAAUCCCUACGUGCAGCUACAACAUCCUCAUAAAUUGCCACCUGUUCCAAGGCCACUGACUCAAGGUGGUGUGUCAGAUGACUACAUGAAUGCCAUGCCACCACCUUGGCGACUCACCUCUGAUCAGCACAUGCGAACACCAGAUGAUGCCCCUCACCUGCAUCCACAGUCUGAAUAUACUACCCAAGUCCUUUGUCCACAAGCAGACUUUAAUCAACAUGCUGCCACCCAUCAGAGCAGCAUUUGGACACAGUUGGAACCUGCUUCCCAUUCCAUGAUGAAAGCUUUUACCCCUCAUGGUUUGCUAUCUGCUGGGAUGCAGGACAAGCAAGACUGGUCUGCCAAGAGACAAGAAGAACUUGCGCAGGAAACCAGUGCCUCACUCAUCAACAUUCCUAAUAAGCCACCACCACCUCAGAUGGGUCUCUUGGGUGCAAUCACUGCUCAUGAGCAUGAGCGUAAAUGUGAAGGUGGUGUCAGUGCUGCUCUGAUGGAGCAUGAGCACAAAAAAAGGAUGGCUGAAGAAUGGCAAUGCAAGAUCAAUGACUUCCAACACAAUCAACUGGAGAUGCAGGGCAUGUAUGGAGGUGGCCAGCAGUACCCAAAUAUGAUGGGCAACCCAAUGAUGGCCAAUCCUAUGAUGAUGGGCAUGAACCCAAUGAUGACUGGUGGGAAUCUGAUGAUGGCUGGUGCUAACCCCAUGAUGAAUGGCACCAACCCCAUGAUGACAGGUAUGAUGCCAGGAUUUGGAAAUCCACAAUUCUUUGCGCAGCAGGCAGCACAAGCUGCUUACCAACAAGCUAUGAUGGCAUAUUCCUCUGCUGGGUCACAUGUCGGCAAUGGCAUGCACCCUAUGCCCAUGAAUCCUAUUCAGUGUAAACUCUACUGGCAUACAGUUCUGGGUCAACUUGAAUUGAACGGACAACUUGAAGUUACACAAGAGUUCAAAUUGGAGCCAGAUUAG